UUCCACAUUGACAGAAAAUACACAUUAGCUUCUCUUGGCUUCUUUUUUUUCUCCCUUUGCAUGUUAUAGUUGAGUUGCUUCAUCAUGGGAGUUUUAGUAAUCUCAUCUCUCCUGCUACAUGUCCUAGCAUUUUCUGUCUGCGUUCAAGGCUUCUACCAUCGUGGCAGUCAUCAUCCCGGCGGCCACGGGGGACCUUGGAUCAACGCUCAUGCCACUUUCUACGGCGGUGGUGAUGCUUCCGGCACCAUGGGUGGAGCAUGUGGGUACGGGAAUCUGUAUGGCCAAGGUUACGGAACAGAGACGGCAGCGCUGAGCACGGCGUUAUUCGACAAUGGACUUAGCUGUGGUGCUUGUUUCGAGCUGAAAUGUGUCAACGAUCCUCAGUGGUGCAUACAAGGCCGGUCCAUUGUGGUCACUGCCACUAACUUUUGUCCUCCUGGUGGCGCAUGCGAUCCUCCCAACCACCAUUUCGAUCUUUCUCAACCCAUCUACGAGCAUAUCGCUCUUUACAAGUCCGGUAUCAUUCCAGUUAUGUACAGAAGGGUUCGGUGCAGAAGAAGGGGCGGGAUAAGGUUCACGAUCAACGGUCACUCAUACUUUAACUUGGUGCUGGUCACAAACGUAGGUGGAGCCGGGGACGUACACUCGGUGUCGAUGAGAGGGUCACGUUCAAGAUGGCAAUUAAUGUCAAGAAACUGGGGGCAAAACUGGCAAAGCAAUUCUUAUUUCAACGGUCAAAGUCUGUCGUUUGUUGUGACCACAAGUGAUCGUCGAAGUGUUGUAUCGUACAAUGUUGCUCCUCCUAGUUGGUCCUUUGGCCAGACCUACACCGGAGGGCAGUUUCGUUAUUAA